UUCUCUCAGCCCGACUGCAACGAAAAAUUACAAUUUUAAUCAUAAAACGCGUUUUAUGCUUAAUUGAAACACCAGAAAGUGCUGCAGUACACAUUUGCCCACAGCCAGGAGUUCGCCUUAAGUACGCAGCGCCAAGAUAAAGGGGUGAAAAUUGCAUUUGAAAGUGGAAUUGUUGGUGCGAAGAAAAAUUUUUUGCAGCAAAAAAUUCCCAGGUCUGUGCUGGCGUAAUAGUGUGUGUGUGUGUGAGAGGCGGGCCAGGGUUGCCGAGACGCCUGCUAAAAUGUGCUGAAAAGAGCUUAUUUUAAUGUCAACCCGGUUAAUUUUUGCUUUAAUAAGUGCGAAUCCGUGCUUUUUGUUAUGUACGAGAUCAAUGUAAUUUUUCUGUUUCGAAACGCAGUUUUAUUUGGCCCGUUUUCAGAUUCGAGGUCAAGUAACGUAACAAAAGCCGAAAAAGAUAACACAACAAAAGAACACGAGCAGCAGCAGCAGGAAGUGCCGAAAGAAAAGGAAACAAAAGCGGCAACGGCUUCACAUUGGACAUGUCAUGUCAGCAAGCCUCCAAAUUCCAUUCAGCCACCUCAACAGCCACAUUAGCCAAGAGCACAGCCACCAGGAGGAUUGCCACAGCCACUGCAGCAGCAACUGCAACUGCAUCAGCAACAGCUACUGCAGCAGCAACAUCAAUAACCAUAGCAACAGCAACAGCAGCGGCCACAACAGUAGCAACGCUGACGCCAGUGGAGAGUAUUGCCGGCAAGACGACGUCCGAGGACUCGGAUCCCUAUGCCUUCACAGAGACUGUGGCCGUCCUUCCGCCCGUUUUAUUCAAAGCACAGAAAUCGAGAGCCCGCCUAAGCGACAGCAAUAGAGGCAGCAACAAGAGGCAGACGGCAGCAACAGCUGCGGCCAGCAGAAAUGCGAAUCUGGAGGCAAAGGCGCAGGCGUCUUUCUGGAACACAGCCACAACGAAUUUCCAUCAUGUCACGCAAUCUCAGAGACAGUCAGCAUUGUCGCCCGCGUUGCAGUUGCAGUUGCCGCUGCAAUCCCAGUCGCAGUCGCAGCCCUCGCCGAAGCGGGCCACCAACGUGUGUAUUGUACGCCCGCAGCAGCAGCAGCAGGACAAAAUAGCCAACUCGGAGUCCUGCCAGCCGCCAGCAGCACCGCCCCCGCUCUACGCCCACACUCCGUCGCUGUGGCAGACGCCGCUGCUGCUGGAAAACAUCCAGAAGCAUCCGCAGCAGCACCAGCAGCAACCACAGCAGAAGCAGCAGCCACAGCAAAAGCAGCAGCAGCUGCAGCAAUCGCAGAAGCAGCAACAUGUCCAGCAACAGUUGCUCCAACAGCAGCAGCAACAUGUUCUGCAGCAACAACAACUACAGCAUCAGCAGCAACUUCUCCAGCAGCACCAGCAACAUCUUCCGCAGCAUCAACAGCAGCUCCUUUUGCAGCAACACCAACAGCUUCUCCAGCAGCAAAAUCAGCAGCAGCAGCAGCAACAGCAGCAGCAACAGCAGCAGCAAACCGUUGCCAUUGCGCUGGUCAGCCCGCCCACAUCGCCCGCCUCAUUACCUUCGCCCACCAUGGCGCCCGCCACCGCUGCAGUGACGGCCAUGGUGGCUCCGAUCUCCGUGUCGCCCAAGGGUGGAUUACCUUUGCCGCCAUCAAAAUUUCAUUAUAACACACUGGCGCAACAUUUGCAAAAGGUGGAGUGCUUAAAGAAAAAGAAAACCUUGCCGCUGGCCUGCCAAAAUAACAACAAUAACAACACCAAGUUGCUGAACAACAACAAUGUGUUGGAGUCGCUUAACAAACCGGUGUUGCAGGGCACGACCUACAAUCAGACACAGCCGCCACCGCUGAUGGUUUUUAAUACGGGUACAGUUGCAGUUCCCGUGCAGACUCCACUCCAGGUUGCUGCUCCACAGAAACAUUCCACCGGCAACAGCGUGGAUGACAGCGAUCUCAACGAGAUACCCGUCAACGUUAUUUUCCGAACGCCACCAGUGGCGGGAGGAGCGGCGGCGGCUACAGGAGGAGCAGGAGCCGCAGUCGUAACUGAGCCAGGAGCGCAACAUUCUCGAGGAGCGGGUGUGAAACUGGUGACUCCUCUGACGCCGCCCACUCCGCCAGAGAUGCCGGCACCCCCAUUGCUAGCGCACUUGCAACCGAAGAUGCCCACAUCAUGUGUUCCAGCUUUGACACCCAGCUUCAAAGUGAUGCCGCCAGCAGUUCUCAGCACCAAGUUGGCUCCACCGACUGCCCCAAGCUCAAAGCUCUCGCUUCCGGUAGCACCAGCUUCAACGAACUCUCUGGAGAUUGCACCAAAAGCUGUUUUAGCCACAACAACCUCAUCAGCACCCGCAUUAGCCAAGAAAACUGAACAAAUGUCUUCCAAAGUGGCCAAUACCAAUGCCGCCGUCCGUCAAGCGUCCGCAGCUUCAAACGGCGGCAGAAGAGGCAUCACUAGCACUAACAACAACAGAAACAACGGCAUGGCAGCAAAGAAAUCACCCCCAACUUCUAUGCCGCCUCCUCAGGAACCGACUCCCUUGACAGCCUCAAACAAGGCGGAUCCGGCUCAUCGCCAGCGUCGCCGCAAGCCCGCCUCCAAACGGAGCUCGGCAACUUUGAGUGAGAAAGAAAUCUUUCCGGAGGACUCGCCCUACUGUCUGCAACAGCACUGGCUGAACUAUGGCUCCAAAGAUCAGGCCCUGGACUCGCCUCUGUCGCAGAGCAAUCGACGUGAGGAGCGGAUUGCGGUCCGUAAGGGACUCUUGAGGCGGCAGGCGUUGCAGCUGCUGUCCACUAGAUCGCUGCAGGAGCUGCCCAUGCGAGCGGCGAAGCAGCGGCUGCAGUGCGUCCAGAACAUGCUUAUCAAGUACCAGGACCAUGCCGGUCAGCAGCAGGGAAUUGGAAUUGGCAACCGAUGCCUGGUGUCCAGCUGCAAGCAGCCCACGCUUAGCAUGGCGGCACACUGUGAGCGCCACAUCGUGAACAACGGCACGCAGCAGCUUUUCCAGCCCUGCGUAGCAUGGCGAAUGGAUGGAACCGCCUGCAAGGCUCCCGUCUUCGAUUUGAAGCAUACACUGGCCCUGUGUAAGGAACACAGUCACCUGCGUUCCGGAAUGGAUGCAGCCCGCCCGGCACCGAAGCAGGCGGCUGCCAGUUUGCCUGUCGCGGGAGUGGUUACGAAUGCGCCCACGCUAAGUGUGCCUGUAAAGCAGCAGCGCAAGCGCAAGGCGAACACAAAUCCCGCGCCUCGUCCGCAGAAGCGUGGCAGAAAACCGGCGAACGAGCAAAAUGUCACCCAGAUCAACAGCCAGAUAAACACUCUGCCGGUGAUUCCGUCGGCGGGAAUGCAGCGCAAGAGCAGCACCACCUCGCUGGAGUCCAUUGCCAGCAACUCGCACUCGUCGGCCACCUCGCACUCCCAGCUGCCCUACACGCCUGCAAAUGUAUCCGUUGCGGUUCCCGCCGCCCAGAACUUGCCCCAGCUAUCCAUUCCGCCAGCGCUGGCUCCACUCAGCGGUGAUUUUCAGCCCAAGCAGCAGCUUGAACCGCUCUUGGUGCCCAAGCUGGAGGUGGAUUCGUUGUUUAAAUUCGAGACCGAGCAGCCGCAGCAACAACACUUGGAUCCGGGUCUUAAUUUGUUGUCCAAUGCCAAUAUCAAAGCAGAGGAGAUUAGCCAAAUUGUCGCCCAGUUGGCAGCUGCCAGUGGCGACUUGCCCCAGCACAACAAUAACAACUGUAGCAACCACAACAACAACAAUAGUGUGCACUUCAACAAUAAUAAUAAUAUGAACUAUAGCAACAAUAACAAUAACCAGCACAGUUUCCCCUCAUUCAACACGGCCUUUGGCAAUGCCAUGGGCCAGCCAACAAACACAAUCACGCACAAUGGCCACGCAGCUCCCGCUAUCCUGGCCAACACGGCGGAUCUGCUCGGCCAGGACAUGUUCGGCAUUUGCGAGAACAGCUCGGCGUACGCCAGUUCCGAGGACACCGGCCUGGGCGGACUCAGCGAGUCGGAGCUGAUAGGCGCUAACGAUGCUGAUGACAUAGCAUUGAAUGGAGCGCACUUGCUGGAGGAGCACGAUCUGGUAAAUGUGUUCGACACGCUGCCGGACGAUGCCUUCAACGAGCUGUUCCAAUCCGUGCAACAAGCCGAGUGCGAGGCCAUGGACCGGGCACUGGAGAUCGCCGAUAAGAACCUAAAGUGUCUGCAGCAGACGAUCGGCGGCUCGGCGGACAGCGCCUUUCUUAACGAUUUCCUGGACGUGGGCGACGAUCUGCUGGCCGAUGCCGUGAUGCACUCACCGAACACGUCCGGCAUCGAUGCCGCCACACUGUUCGUGGACAGCAGCAGCGGUGGCGGCAAUAGCAGCAGCAACGGCGCCUCCGACAUCCGGGGCUUGGUGCAGACCUAAUUCCGGCAUCAGGUCGGAUCUGGGGUCUACAGAUUUCACUGAAAGAGAUUUCCCAAUCUAAAUUUCCCUUUCACUUUCGGGCAGCUUUCGCUAAGAGUUUCGGUAUUUUCUUUUUGGCAAUUUCUCACCUGCGAUUCUGGUUCGGCACAAUCUUCUAUAUGCUGCUUAAAUGUUAUGUGUGCAUAAGCCAGGAAAUAUGCAUGUAUUAAAUAACAUUCGAAAAUCAUAUAGUUAUGCGUUAAUGUGAAAAACCUAAAAAAAAAAUUACAAAAAUUAAAAAUUUUUUAAAAAAUGUCCAAAAAUAUUUAAUUCAAGUAAAAGAAACAACAAUAAGAAGUAAAUGUAUAUGUUACGAUACACAGAAACAUAAAUAUGUAAAUUUGCGGGAAACUGUUGCAUUACAUUACUCUAAACGUAACUUAAUUUGUUAGUGAACCAACAAAGGAUUGUAGAGAGCAGCUUUAUUAUACAUAUAAACAAAAAACGAUAGAAAUACGCCAGAGCAAACAGAAAAAAAGAAACCGAAAUAGUAGGAAAUCUAGCAACAAAUUUGAAUUCUGAAUUAAAUGCACGAACGCGAUACAUUGAAGAGUUCGUUAACCUAAGUAAGCUUAGAAUUUGAUUAAACAUUUUGUGAGCGCAUUUACAACAAGAACACCUUACACUCAAACCAGAAUUGCAAUCAGUUUUGGGAAAAACAAGAGAAGCAGAAGAAUUUUUUUUUGGCUUGUUCCUGGUUUGCACAUAACACUUAAAUUAACACACACACACCAAUACCUACACAUACACACACAUACAACGUACAAGGGACUAGUUUGAAACCGCGAAUCGUAUUACUAAAUAUAUAUACAACUAUAUAUACUUAUAUAUAAAAUAUAACUAUAUAUACAUAAUACUACUUAAAUAUAUCUGUACACAUACAUUUAAGUGUAAGCUUUAAUUUAAACCAACCCACAAACAAAGAAGAGAAAAAUCAACAACAAAAAAAUCAACAACAGAAUGUAAAAGUGUAUACUUGAUUUAAUUUUAAGCUCUUUUAUUUAGCCAUUGCGCUAUGGCCGGAAACUUUGUUCGAUUUUAAUUUAGCCUAAAAAAUUUUAAAAGCAAAAUUAGGCUGACCGACAACUUUUGAGUUUAUACCUUGCGUUUGUCUAUCUAGAUUCUGUAAAUUAACAAAUAUUAAAUAGAAUAUAAAUGAAAUGUAAUUUUCUUUUGUCUAGUGACAAGCAACCACAUAUAAAACGAGAUAUAUUUAUACAACAAUACACAAAACAAGCAAGAAAACUGUUACGCUUUAAAAUACGAUAUAUACCACUCACUGGAGCCCGAUCCCAAAAUCAACGCCCACUAAAAAGUUCAGACCCCAACCAUUCCAUCCCCAACCAUUGUAAGUUUUCAUUUAUCAUCUGUCACCUGGCAUCUAAGCAAGUAUUAAAUGAAUUAAAAACGUUUAAUAACACUAGAUAACUAUGUAUUUGUAUAUGUAUCACGCAUCGACUUUGCAUUAUGUUGAAGCACCCAUCGCACUCUCUUGAGCACCGGCAUCUUUUAUAGGGAUUUUCGUUUGGGCCGUGCGGAAAAAAUGAUAGGAGCAGAAAUAACUACUUUAAACAUAAUGGAACUCUGUAAUAUAUGAUAUAUGAUUAACUCCCACACUCUCACUCUCUAUCUCUAAAGACCCUAUCUAGAUAUAACUGUAUGAAUUUGUUCUUGAGUUUAUUGAUUACCGAUUACUGGGUUACUUACUGAAUAAGUUGGCCCGAACUUUACUCUGAUCUACUUCGCUGUGCAAGUGACGCGAACAAAAUUUAUAUUUUUUUGGUAGCGAAACUACGAAACCAUGUAUUUGAUUAUAUGCUUUAAACCCUAUUUUUUACGACACUUAAUUUGUAAGAACUGUAGCGAUGAAACUACACCCCGGCAUCCCUCCAGAAGCCCGCCUCGUUUCCACCAUUUAAAGUUUUGUCUAUGUUUUUCGGUAUGAGGUACAAUUUCAUUUUGUAAUUUACGUGCAUUUUUGUGAUCUAAUUUGUGUAACUAUUAUAAACGAAAAAAAAGAAACAAAAUACUUUAAGAAAAUGAAACAAAAAAAUAAAA